AUGUUAAAUCGAUAUACAACGAAACUAAAUUUAUUUCUUUUUACAUUAAUAUUUGUUAUUUAUUUGUUUGUUGGUGCUAAUUUAUUUUCAUUUAUUGAAAAACCCACUGAACAAAGAAUUAUUAAUGAAAUUUCAAAAAUAAGAAAAGAUUUUCUUGAAAAAUAUUCAUGUGUAACAGAAGACGAUUUUGAAUCAUUUAUUGUUACAUUACUUGAUGCUAAUAAACAUGGAGUAGAUGCACGAACAAAUUUUACAACUGUGGAUAAUUGGUCUUUUGCUCAAUCGUUCUUUUUUGCAGUUACGGUGGUUACUACAAUUGGGUACGGUCAUGUGAGUCCUUUAUCAGAUACUGGUCGAGUAAUCUGUAUAAUAUAUGCUAUUAUUGGUGUUCCAAUGACAUUAUUAUUACUCACAAUAAUAGUGCGAAAACUUCUCAUUCUUCUGAAUUAUACUUAUUUAUGGUUUCGCUAUAAAUUUUCAUCGAAUCAAAGAUCUGAAUCAAAAAGUCGUUUUAUACAUUUAUUAAUAAUUUUUAUAUUUUCACUUAUUUUUCUAUUUAUUAUACCAUCAAUUAUAUUUAUGCAUAUUGAAGAAGAUUGGUCAUUCAUUGAUGCAUUUUAUUUUUGUUUUAUUUCAUUAACAACAAUCGGUCUUGGAGAUUUUGUUGCUGGAGAUUCACCAACACAACGUAAUAGACUUUUUUAUAAAAUAUGUUUAACAAUUUAUCUAUUGGUUGGUGUAACAAUUAUGAUGUUAACUGUUGCAAUGGUUUCACAAAUUCCUGAACUUCGUUUAAUACAAUAUUUUCUAAGUGAAAAAGAAGUUGAAAAUGAACAUGAUCGUUUAUCAACAUCAGAAACAUCUGGUUUACUUUGGUUAGCACAUCCAUCAUCUAGUCACUCUUAUGGUAUUGAAAAUUCAUCAACUAAUCAACCAUAUCGUCGGCAAAUCAACGAAACAGAAAAUACAUCAAAUACUACUUCGGAUAAUACAAAAGGUUAA